AUGCUUCAAUUUGGUGACUGCAAGCGGCAAACGGUCUUUCCAGCGUUUCCGAACAUUUAUGCCCUUGGCACCACGCCGCCACCGUCUCGCCCCCUCGCUGCCUGGCUCUGGCUCGGCGGAAGCUUGGCGGCUGGCGUCUGGUAUCUCGCACUUCUCGCGCCGCAUUUCGCCAACGAUCUGUGGUGGGCUCACUACACUACGAGCGGCUCGCAGGCGUUCUUGAUUGACGCGACAAACGCACUCCUCGAGAGCGACGCCGUUGACAUUCUCGCCGUCACGAUCGCCAAGUCGUACGCCGCGGAAGUGACGUACCCAACCCGCCACCCGACGUAUGCCUCGCGACUCUUGCUGACCUCGCUCACGUCCCUCGAGUUUGCCAUUGCAAAUCUUCGCAACACGUCGGCUUCGUACGCGCUCUGGCUCCCGACGCAAUUUUGCUACGUCGAUUUCGGAAAAGUGUGGGAAAUGGCGCAGACGGACGCGCGCCAAGCGCGGUGCGCAGCUAAAUACACGGCCAACGGCGCCGUGUACCUCGAGACCGUUCUGCGCAACGUCGAGAGCUGGUCGUCGCUUCUGGAGCUCUAUGGCGGCGACGGCAACAUCUUUACGAUUGGCCUGCAGCUCGCGUUGCAAGAAUCAGCGACGGGCUACGCAUGGCUCGACGCGACGGCCAAUGUUUCGACGUCGAUCGCUGACGAAGCGAAUUUGUGGCGGUCCGCGGGUCUCGACUAUUUCAAGUUGCAGUGGCAAAAUUCGGUCCUCUCGGGUGUUACGGAAACCAUGGACGUGGUGAACGCGCUCGGUGUGCGCCAACCGAUUUCGCUCAAGCAAGAAUCGCAGUCGGCGGGUCCAUGGACGUCGCAGAUCUUCAACGGGUAUCUCUACAACAAUCUGUACAUGCUCGUGUCGGGCUGCAACGCAAGCCUGAUUCGAAGCAGCAGCUACCAUUUUUCCAAAGUGCCAUGCCUCUAUCUGCAACCCCCCGUCUUUGAGAGCUUGCUUGGACUCUUUAAUGCCAACGGCCACUAUGUCGACCAAACCGGUGUCAUCCAUGACCGCCUCGGUGCCUUCUUGUCGGUCGACAUGUGGGUUCUUCCAGUGCCCACCACCCUGCAUGCGCUUGUUGAGAGUGCUCAGAUCGCAUUGGCCGACAUGCUUGCCGCGAACGCUUCGCUCGCAGCAGCCUACGUGGCGCUUUGUGGCGACGCACUCACACCGACGCCGCCUGCGUUUCGCGGGGCGUAUGUUUACUAUGGCGGCAACCCCCUCUGCCUCCAUGGUCCCGCGCAAACCUAUGUACAAGCGUCAUUUGCGACCACUGAUACGUGCAACACCCCGCUCCCGCUCACAAUUCAAGUCAGCGUGGCGGCAGCGCUUUGGGGGCUACGGUUGACGGCGCCGACAACGAUCGAGGACAUCUGCCUGAACGACUCGGCGUGCCUCGACCUGCUCGCGCCAAUGCACCACCUGGCCAACGGCCUGCCAAAUGCGAUGUCGCUCACUGCCCGCCGCGACCUCGAAGCACUGGAUAUAACCGCUGCUUGCGCCCUCGUUUGCGUUUUUGGCUGGGUCCUUCUUUCCGACUGGGUCUUCGGUGUCCGCGAAGUCGUGUCCUUUGAAGGCGACAACGCGACUCUCGUCUUGAUAUCGGAAGCGUACGACACCACGUCGACUGACCCGAGCGCGACGACCGUCGGGCGCGCGACCACCGUCGUCUUCUACCUCGUGGUGUAUGUCUCGGUCAUGUUGCUCGUCGUCGCCGUUGCCUGUAGCUUCCUCGGUCUGUUCCAUCGCGCCGAUCCAAGCCAUCUCUUUGUGUUUCACCGGGUGGCCGGCGCGACGUGGGUCGGACGACCCCUCCUCUUUCUCCGCGGCGCGUCCGCGAUGGUGCUGCUCAGUACGGCACCAAUCGCACUCACCACGUCGUUUGGUCUUAGCCGAUUUGUCCCUGCGCCGCGAGGGUUUCUGGAAGUGGCCGUCUUGGCGAGCGAAGCGACGUGGAUCACGUACGUCAUAAGUGAAGUCGCGCUCCUGGUGCCGCUCGCUCGACCACAUGUGGCGGGUCACGUCAGCGCAGGGGUUGUGUGGGCCCUCUACGUCUCGCUCGAGAUGACGUUUCCCGUCAAAAUCCGAACGCAGUUGCACCCAGUGUGCACGGUGCAGGCGAUGUACUAUCAGCUGGAGUGCACGAGUGCAACCGUGACGAUUGGCAGCUACGCACGGGCGUGCUGGCUCCUGCUCCUCCCCGUGGUCGUGGUCCCAAUGACUGUCAUUGUGAUGGGGAUCGCAGACCGCCAUCGACCCGCGGCACCAGCAUCGAACGACGUCCAGUUGUCCGGGGUCGCAACAGCUUACUUUUCGAUGCCCCAUACGUCGCUCGAUCGUGUCACGCUGCUUCUCGCUGGCUUGUACCGUGGUGCGCGCGUCACCUUUAACUUUACCCUCUGGGUGUUUGUUCGAGACAAGGCGGCCGUCGCGGUGGCGCCGACCGUAGCGCUGCUACCGAGAGCCGUGGGCCCCAUGGCGCCAAUGCCACCGAUCGUGGCGUGGCAGCACCGGAGCUGGCUACUCAUCGGGACGGUGUACGUCGGCGUCGCCAUCUACAGCAGCACGUCGUAUCUCGCGCUCUCCGAGACGAAUCUCGCCAACGAUCUCGUGUGGACCGGCUUCAACAUGACGGGCACCCAUGUCUUUGUUGCGCGGUGGUUUCUACGGCAGCUCACGAUCGGUGUCACGAGCACGACGACGGCGUUGGAUGCACCGACGAUCAAUUCGGCCGCCGACUAUAGCGUCGCAACGACGGUGCUCAUGCCGCCGCAGCAGUAUGGCGCCAUGGUACAAUACACCAAUCUCACCGAGGUCUCCACCGCCAUCUCAGCACUUCGUACCUUGGAUGGGUGUGAUGGCCCGUGGGUCUUUACGCAGUACUGCUACUUCGAUUUUGAUCAAAAGUGGGAAAUGGCCAACUCGGUCACGCGCCAAGAGCGAUGCAAAUCGAUGGUCAAUAACGGUGCCGUCUUUCUGGCUUCCUUGCUUCGGAACGUCGACAUUACAACCUGCUGGGACGAGUCGUUUGAGAUUGGUUUGGCGUCCGAGCUGCGAGAAUCCAAGGCUGGUCAAGCUUUGCUAGCUUCGUUUCGUCCGCCGUACCUCUCGAUCGACGACGAAGUGGCGGUGUGGACCCAGAAACGUAUCACGUCGUACGUGCUGCAGUGGCAAAACUACAAGUCGAUCGGCGUCGUCAAUACGUACACCAUUGUCAACGCGUACGGCGCCUCGUAUCCCUUCACGUUGCAGUCGACCGCGGGCUACUACCGUAUCGAGAGCCAGACGUCGUUCAAAAUGUACUGGUCUCUCGCCAACGACCUCGGUAGUCUACUCACAAACACUUCGACCAUGGGUGGCCAGAGUCUUUUGCGCUCCAGUAGUCGGUUUGCUUAUCGGAAUGCAUCGCUUCAAGACGUCUACGCGGUCAACGGGAGCAUUCUGGCGUCGCCCAACAGCGCUGGUGCCGCCAUCGUGCAGUCGACGAUCGGGCCUUUUGGGUCCAUCGACAUGGUCUACGUCGGCGUUCCUAUGGUCGUGCGGCGAGGGUACGGUGCGAUUCUCGACCACAUUAGCGUACUUCGCAGCAACGGACCCGCGGCGGUAGAUGCGUACGCGGCCAUCUCGCCGCCGGUCCAGCUGCUACCGACGCCGCCUCGGUGGCUCGCAGAGAACUUUCGAGUGUUUGGUGGCUCGCUCCUCUGUCCGCCGACAGGAAACACUGGAAUGUUCAGCAUUGCCACGGGUCUCACACAGCUGUUUUCGUUCCCGUACAGCUGUGCGACAGCUCAAGUGACCAUGUCGCUCUCGCUGACUACCGAGCACUUUCUCAUCGGCGCCGCCUUGACGUCGCCGAACGCGUCGGCCGUCUGCGCGCAGGUGGUGAGCCACGUCGCUGCGUGCAUUGCCGGGGUGCAAGCCGCCCUCAUAUUUCUCAACGGGAACGGGCAGGCGCUCGAGACCUCCUGGCGCCAUGGUCUCGAGGUGGCUUUAACACCGUUGCAGAUCAGCUUGGCGCAGUUUGGUCAACCGCGCGCGAACGCGCCAGCAACCUUGUACAUGGCGCCGCUCUUGGACGACCCAGCAUUUGCUUUCUUUGCGCAUAUUCUGUUGUACGACUGGGUGGUCGGCAACCGGGAGGUCAUCUCGUUCCAAGGCGACGUCGGCUCGGUCACGCUCCUCGGCGACGGCGGCAUCCGCCGGGUGCAGCCGAUCGAUACGACCGAGCUCCCCGUCGUCUUUGCCUUGUACGCGCAUCGCGCUGUCCAGUACGUGACGUACGUUCUCAUGGUGGUCGCGGGUGUCGCCGCCAUCUACCUUGUGCGGUGCCGUGGCCACGUCGCCGGCGCCAACAUGCUCGAGCUCUCGCGUGUCGGCGGCGUCGUGUGGGUGGGCCGGCCGCUCUUGCUGGCGCGCGGCGUGACGGCGCUCUCUCUUCUCUCGUCGAGCUCGCUGUCGCUCGCCACCAAGCAUGGGCGCAUCACGGUCUUGGAAGCAACGCAGCUGCCGUGGUAUGCAACGUGCUUGGCCGCCAACGAAGUCACUUGGGUCGCUGGUGUCGUCAACGACAUCGCCCUGGCGGUGACCAAAGACGACGCCAUGCGGUAUACGACGCUCAAUAGCGUGCUCGUGUGGGCCGGCACCGCCUGUCUCACGACGCUUUCCCCCACGGUCCUCGACUACCAAGUCCACUGCUCGUCCGGGAGCGUCGCGAUCGGGUCGCUGCGCCGCCUCCUCGCACUCUCGCUCUUGGUUGUCAGCAUGAACGCGCUCUCAUAUCUGAGUGUGCGCUGUCGCUUGAGUAGAAAAAUUGAUGUGCGCAGUCGGUCGCUCCUCCUCUGCGCCGGCGCGCGCUACCUUUUCGAGCAAGACGCGUGGAUGGACCGUGACAUUUACUACAUGGACCGUGCAUCCGCUGCCUUGAACGGCCUCGUGAGCCUUCGCUACAAGCAAGCUAUGUAUGUCUUUGACGUCAAGACGUGGCGGCUCCAUGAUCUCGGCUCCGUCAGCUCGUGUCUUGAGCCACGCUUGCGCGAGGCCCUGCCUUUGCGCGACGCAGCCUCCUGA